UUGGGGUUGUGUCUGUCGAAAGACUCUGAACUCUGUCUACUCAGAAACCAAGCAUCAUUAAUCUACUCGCUAAAGUGUUGUUAGGUUUCUGAGAAAGUUUCAAUCUUUGUAUUCGUUUUGUUGGGAUUUCAUUUGGGUUGUCGGGUUGGACAUGGAGACCGGAAUCAUCGGAGUGUCGGAGUCGGGUCUGGAUGUGAGGAAAGAGGAGAGGGUUUUGAGGGCGGAGAUCGAUACCUCGGCCCCCUUUGAAUCUGUGAAGGAAGCGGUGAGUCGAUUCGGUGGAAUCGGUUACUGGAAACCCUCUCAGCUUGCUAAUAAGCCUUCUGAACCUCUGCAGCGUGACAUUGAAGAUGUUGACGCUGCAAAACUCGAGGAGCAGGCUUUAGAGUUGGAGAAAGAUCUUACAUUGAAAGAAAGGGAAACGCUGGAUGUUCUAAUCGAACUUGAAGAAACCAAAAAGACAAUCGAUGAGUUGAAAAAGAAGCUACAGAACGAAGUAUCUGAAGUGAAUGUGACCCUUGAGGCAAAUGGAGGUAACGAAUACGUGACUCCUGUGGUAAAUGAAGAGGAUAAGGAAAAUCAUGGGAAUGGGGGUGGUCAUUACGAUUCGAUGGGCGGUGUGUGCCCCUGCCCUUCUUCAGCUCCAGGUUUAAUCUUGAUGGAGCUGAAACAGGCGAAAAUGAACCUUACAAGGACUACUAGCGAUCUUGCUGACAUUCGAGCUUCUGUUGAAUCAUUGAACAAGAAAUUGGAAAAAGAAAGAACCAUGCUUGAGAAAACCCGUGUGAGGCUUACUUCAAAUUCUUUGAAAGUGUUGUCUCUUGAAGAAGAGCUAAACCAAACAAAACUAAAGCUACAAUUGGCAAAGGAUGGUGAAACUAAGGGUGGUCCUGCUAAUCCUUUAGAUAUUUCAAAGGAGCUUCAACGGCUGAGUUCUGAGACCGAGCAGUUCAAACGAAUGGCAGAAGCUGCAAAGUUAGAGGUCUUGCGAGCAACAUCUGAGAUUGAACAGACAGGAACUAAGAUAAAAACAGCUGAAAUCAGGCUGGUUGCUGCGAGAAAAAUGAAAGAGGCAGCUAGAGCGGUAGAAGCAGUGACCCUAGCGGAGAUUAAGGCUCUAUCGUACCACAAGAGUUCAUCUGGAGAUUCAUUUCAGAAACGCAACGAAGUAACUCUUUCAUUCGAGGAGUACUCAGCAUUAACCCGCAAAGUUCGAGAUGCGGAGGAGCUUUCUAAGAAUAGGGUGACAGAUGCUAUGCUUCAUGUUGGAGAAGCAAAUGUAUCAAAAAUGGAAAUCUUGAAGAAGGUAGAGGAAGCAACCGAAGAAGUCAAAACCAGUAAAAAGGAACUGGAAGAAGCUCUGAACAGAGUGGAGGCUGCAAAUAGGGGGAAACUAGCAGUUGAAGAAGCACUUCGCAAAUGGAGAUCCCAUCACGGUCAAAGAAGACGUUCUUCUGUACACAACUCUACGAAGUUCAAAAAUCCAUGCCCGUCUAAUCACGGGAAAGAUUUGAAAUUACGGGAUGUGAAUGGUCUGAAUCUUGUUAGUGACGGGCCAACGCCUGUGUUGAAGCCAACUUUGUCGAUAGGACAAAUACUAAGCAGGAAACUGCUUUUGCCGGAAGAGGUUGAAAUGGAGGUGGCCGGAAAAAUCCCUGUAAAACAGAAGGUGUCGCUGGGACAAAUGCUGCAGAAACAAAAUGGCGAUCUACCCUCUUCUGGGAAGUCCGAGAGGGAAAGCAAUCUCAAGGACUGUUCUGCUAAGAGAAAGAAGUCUGGAUUUGCUCGAUUCUCGCUACUCUUGACAAAGCAAAGCAGGAAAAAGAAGAAGCCAACUCCAAACUUGAAGUAAUUCGGCCUAUCAAGAACUGACUUUAGUUGUAUGUGCGUGCGCGUCUGUUUUCGCUCUCCUCCAUCUCUGAUUGUUCUUGCUUAAGAAUUCGUUGCGUUUAGGUUGUAGUUGUUCCCAGACUAUUGGAUCUGUUUAUUAUAUAUGUAAACCCUUUAUGUGUUGGUUGUGAAGAAAAUGUACCUACCUAAUGCUAAAAUUCUUCUGGAGUGAUGUUUAA